AUGUCUAAAAAUGUCCCAAAAUUCAUGGUUCCACCGGUCAUGACCGCACUGGCUGUGGACAACCAAGUCUUCCUCGCCUCUUCGUUGAAGGGGGAGAAAUACGUCUAUAAGAACAAAAACAAGCAGGUCGUGAUCUUUUCUGACCACAUCAAGGAUGUCGACGAGGCGAAACAGCUGCGAGAAACCAUAGAAACAUGCAUGAGGGACGCGGCCGGUGGCGAUGAAUCCAAGAUGAAGCAACACAGAGCCAAAGGAAACUGUGGAGGGGUUAUGGACGCUUACACAUGGCUACUGGCCCAUGGCGGAGAGCAACUAAGAAACAAAACGCCCAAGCCGGUCAUUGUUGCCUGGAACCGCGAGCGAAAUGAAAUUGCGAAGCCCUGCUCUCAGGGAGAUGAGGGUGACUGGGGAUGCAAGGAUUUCGUGGGCGUGAAAGGCAUGGACUUUGAUAUUGUUCCUGCGAAGACAAAGGGAGCGGCGUACGAUGAAAUUGUCGAAGGAAAGCAUCAUCAGAAGCUCCCAGUCAAGAAUCUCAACAAAGGCGAGGGGGAUGAAGGAAAGAAUGACGACCAAGAAUGUGAGACUGAACAGCCUCAGCAACAAGGGCAGGGAGGGAGAGGUGAACAAGGAAGCCAGCGUGGGAGAGGCGGACAACGUGGAAGAGGCGGACAGCGUGGGGGCAGCGAGCAACGUGGAAGAAGCAAGCAACGUGCUAAGCGGGAAUUCCAGUUUGAGGCUUGA